AUGUCGCGGAUCCAAAUACCUAUUGACGCUUUCACAUCGCGCUUUAGUCUUUCUGAUAGACUAGCUGGGGUACGAUCUCAGUCACUUGCUACAAGAUUUUCCAAUCUUAGGCCUUUAUCUGACUUUUUUGAUUUCAAAAGAGUUUCUAAGCCUAAUAAUUUUUCUGAAGUGCAGUCAAGAGUAAAUUAUAAUCUUGGGCAUUUUUCAAGCAACUAUGCGGUUUUAUUCGUGAUGCUUAGUGUUUACAGUCUUCUUACGAACUUCUUAUUGAUGUUUGUCAUCUUCUUGGUCGUUGGUGGCAUGUGGGCCAUAGGAAAAUUAGAUGGACGUGAUCUUGAUGUCGGAGGAAUAAAAGCUACUAGCUCUCAGCUCUACACCGGCCUUAUCUGCGUCGCAGUACCACUUGGCUUCUUAGCUUCUCCAAUAUCCACCAUACUAUGGCUUAUUGGUGCGUCUGGCGUCACAAUACUGGGACAUGCCUCAUUUUUAGACAAGCCAAUCGAUGAGGCUUUUUCCGGGGAGGCGGUCUAG